UGUAGGUUCAAAACUUUCUUCUAACAAUCUUCUACUAUACUCGUAUCUGAGGUAUCUCAUAUUAUCAUAAUCUUCUCAAUUGUAAUAAUUAUAUUAAUUAAUAUGCAGGCACUCUUUAAUAAAUUAUACUAACCUGAUGUGUUCAUGGCAAAUUCCCACUUUACCCCCUUAAUACUUUUAUGCAGGUUAGAAGGCAAAUAAAAACUAGCACCAGGGCCUGACAUUUCUGUACUUAACCUACGUACUAUUUAUUAUACUGAUUGCAUUGCAUUUUUUUUAGCGUUUCAAUAAAUGACAUACACCUCGUCCUCGGUAAAUACGAUUUUUCAGUAAAAGAUGAACCUUAUGGUUUCCUAAUUAGGAAAUUGCAGACAGUCAUUAUACAUCCAAAGUACAAUAGCUAUGAUAUGGAACAUGACUUGGCACUGUUGCGAUUCGAUAAACCUGUCAUAUUUCAACCGAACAUUCUGCCUGUUUGCAUUCCAGAAGAUGAUUCAAAUUUUGCAGGAUUUUCUGCUCACAUCACUGGAUGGGGUGCUUUGUAUUAUGGAGGACUCUCAACUAUUGCGCUACAAGGAGCAACAGUUUCGGUGCUAAACAAUUCCGUUUGCGAAAAUAUGUUCCGUGCGGCUGGAUAUAUAAAGAAGAUACCAGACACAUUUAUCUGUGCGGGUUCGAAAGAUGGUGGUUACGAUGCGUGCAAAGGUGACUCAGGUGGGCCCAUGGUUGUACAGAGACCCGACAAUCGCUGGGUAGUGGCCGGUAUCAUAGCGUGGGGCAUGCGAUGUGGUGAACCAAAUAGCCCUGGGGUGUACAUGAGGAUCUCAAAGUUCAAAGACUGGAUCAAUAAAAUAAUAUUGCAAUCUUAAAAUACAAGGCGAACGCUCGACAUGUACAAAAUAUAACGUCAUAUCGGUUAGGUAUCUAUAGGUACCU